UUUGUGGUGGAGGCGGUGGACUCGUGCAGCAAUUGGAUCGAACUAUACCAACGAGUCGAGACGUGGUGACCACCUAGCUCAUAAGGAGCCAACGACGGCAGCGGCAGCUGCUGCAGCGCAAUGAUUCCUUCCUUCCUUUCGCUGCGGUCUAUUAACUGGCCAUCAAUCAUGUAGUGUCUUUCCCCCAUUCCAUGGAGUGUUAGCGACAUCCGCCAGCUCCUUCCACGGAGCAGAUCAAGCCAUGCUCUCGUUGACGGAAGCACGCCUCUGGUAGCAGCAGCCCCGCCGAGACGGGAAAGGUUGCCAUCUUUUCCUUCUAUUUCCGCCCCUCCUCCUGGUCUUCUUCCCUUGCCAUGAAGCCUUCCCCCGCCGUCUCCCUCUUCGGCGCCAAGGCGGCGGACUCCGCCAUCCGCCGGUGGCUCUCCCCGCUCCUCUUCCUCGCCGUCGUCGCCCUCUCCGUCUCCCUGCUCUACUUCGCCGCCACGCCAGCCGUCUCCUUCCCCCCGAUGACGACGGUCCGGGUGGAACUCAGCCCUCCAGUCGCCGUGUGGCAGCCGGUCGGCGCUGCCGAAGCCUCCGACCCGAUUUCGCGCUCCUCUCUUCCGCCCGUGCAGAGGCCGGUCGACGCUGCCGUCGCUUCCGACCCGGAACCGAUUUCCUCUGCUCCAUCUGUGCAGAAUAUGCCAGAAAGCCAGGAUGUCAAGCUGGAGAGGGUGCUCAAGGCAGCGGCCACCGAAGACAAUACUGUAAUACUGACCUCCUUGAAUGCUUUCUGGGCUUCUCCCGGAUCCGUGCUGGAUCUCUUCCUGGAGAGCUUCCGCAUCGGCAACGGGACCAGCGAGCUCCUGAGCCACCUGGUGAUCGUCGCCGUGGACGACAAGGCGUACGGGCGGUGCCUCGCCAUCCACCCGCACUGCUUCCACCUCAAGACCGAGGGGGUGGACUACUCCGGCGAGAAGGUGUUCAACACUCCCGAGUACCUGGACAUGAUGUGGGCGAGGCUGGACUUCCUACGCCUGAUUCUGGAGAAGGGAUACAACUUCAUCUUCUCGGAUGUAGACAUCAUGUGGUUCCGGAAUCCGUUGCUCUACUUCUAUACAGAUGGAGAUUUCCAAACAUCCUGUGACAAUUUCUUGGGGGAUCCUACCAAUCUCAAGAACUGGCCCAACAACGGAUUCAACUACGUGAAGUCCAACAACCGAAGCAUAGAAUUCUACAAGUACUGGUACUCCUCGCGUGCCAGAUUCCCCGGAGUUCAUGAGCAGAAUGUGUUUAACAUCAUCAAGUACGACCAACAGAUUCAGCAGAUUGGAGUGAGGAUCAGAUUCCUGAGCACCGAGCGCUUCGGUGGGUUCUGUGAGCCAAGCAGAGACCUCAAUAAGGUCUGUACGAUGCACGCAAACUGUUGUAUCGGCUUACGCAGAAAGAUCGAUGAUCUAAGAGCCAUGCUUGAUGAUUGGAGGAAAUUUGUGUCUCUGCCACCUGAUACAAGGAUAUCUAGACGGUUCUCAUGGAGUGUACCUCGAAGCUGCAGGUUAUAACCACCAGGAUUUGGCAGUAACAAGGAAAAGAAACAUAGCCUAUAAGAUUCUAUAACAGAGUGUUCAUUUCAUACUCUUUUCAUACAUGAAUACCUCCCAAUCAUGUAAACCAUGGAAUCCAUAAGACUGUAGAAGAAGGGAAAGAAGAAGGUUAGGCUGAAAGAAAAAGAUGCUUAAAUAUGAUCGGUGUCAUUACUUGGCUGUUGUACAGAAAGUGUUUUAGCUGUAACAUGAAAAGAUCAUCAUCUCUGUCAAUAGGAAAGAUCAUCUCUGUCAAUAGGAAAGGCCACGAGAACUGUACUAAGUGAGCCUCAUGAAGUCUAUUGAAAUACAAAGCAAAGUAUUUGUACAGUUUUAUUGAAAAAACUUGUAAUAAAACUUGAAUGUAUUAAUAU